GCAGAAGUUUCCCUUAUACACCUCACAGUGCGCGCUGUACCAGAUGAGAUUGUCUAUAUAUACCCCAUUCUGCACCCUCAUUCAUUAGAACAAAUCUCCCCUGAGCUUGUUACAAGUUCGAAUCUUAUAACAACUAGUAGCUUCCCCACUGCACUUUUGCAAGCCUUUCAGUUUAUAAGCUUCCUCCAGAGUUCGAUUCCCGGCUUUUUCUGCUACCAAAACAUGGUUAAUUCCUUGGCAAAGCAGAAACCCCAAAACAGCAUAGAGAAGACGCAGCCGAAUUUCAAGGGAGCGCGGAUGAGAAAAUGGGGGAAAUGGGUUUCCGAAGUGAGAAUGCCCAAUUCCCAAGCUAGAAUUUGGCUUGGCUCUUACGAUUCUCCUCAACAGGCUGCUCGCGCUUACGAUUGUGCAAUUUAUUGCCUCAGAGGAUCGAAUGCCAAUUUCAAUUUCCCCGAUUCUCUGCCGGAAAUCCCAUUCGCCUCUUCGCUAUCUCCCGCUCAGAUUCGAGCUGUUGCAGCCAAGUUUGCUGUAGAAGAAUUCCCGAAGCCGCUGGAGUUUAAUACCACAUUUUCCGGUUCGGAAUCGCAGUCGUGUGCAGAGAGCGAAGAAAGUAUAGAGGAGCAGAACUGGUUUUUGCUGGAUUCACUUCUUGAAGAUGUUGAGAGCGGCCAUUGUUCAAAUUUAGAGAAUUUUCCUUCAUUAGGGGAUUUUGAUUUUGUGCUAGAGUAAAAACUGGGAGUACCAAAAGUUGAGGGCAAUCAGCCCCUUUACCUCCCUGACACAAUAACUCCCAGUUCUCUGUAAAAACGUGUUGAAGAGCCGGGGAUUUUAUGCCGCUUUUUUAACAAUGCAAUUCUUUGUUCUUUUACUAUAAAUUGAAAUUGAUAUUGAUAUUCUUCUAUAUUA